GCAUUGUUGUGCAGCAGGAGCAACGCUCGCGAGGGACCCAGCAUAUGGCUGCUCCUGGCGGCUCCCCUCCCCCUCCCCUCCCCCUCCCUCCGCUCCGCAGCAGCAGGACAGAGAGAGGUGGUUCAGUUUUUGAAGCCGUGGCAUGAAUGAUCUCAUCUGAACCUGAUCUCCGCUUUCCCUGCCGUCGAUCCUAUGACCGAGACGGGAAUAAAAUAACACAAACACGAGGAGUCUUGCUUCAGACUGGCCUGAAAUGGGCAGAAACGGUGCUGAACAAAAGCUGCUUGUCGCUCAUACAAAAGUACUUGAAGCUCUGCAGCCGGGACCGACUGCAUUGCUAUUGCCUGUGCCUCUCAACAGGAAAGAGAGACAACAUGUUCCCGAAGGGCACCAAGCGCAAGUUCUCCGACUCCGGGGAGGAGCCGGCGGUCUCCGGCGAUGAGCCGGCCCCGGCGGCGGCCCCGUCCGCGGCGGUCCGGGCGCUGACGUCCGCCUACAGCCUGCAGCGCCAGUCGCUGCUCGACAUGUCGCUGAUCAAGCUGCAGCUCUGCCACAUGCUGGUGGAGCCCAACCUGUGCCGCUCGGUGCUCAUCGCCAACACGGUGCGGCAGAUCCAGGAGGAGAUGACCCAGGACGGCACCUGGCAGAUCAUGACCCAGGCCCUGGCCGCCGCCCAGUGCCCCACGGACCGCCUGGUGGCCACCGAGGUGCUCUGCCGGCAGACGGACGCGGCGGCUCAGGCCGGCCAGAGCCCCAAGCCCUUCUCCGUGGUCGGCCUGGAGGAGGGCUACCACGCCGAGGAGGUGGUGAUGGAGGGGGACGUGGAGACCGAGGUCACCAUGUCCACCCUGUCGCCCGUCUCCCCCCAGCUGUCCUCCGCUUCCUACCUGGCGGGAACCUUCGGCAUGGGGCCCUGCUGGGAGGAGGACGAGGACGACGACGGCGAGUGCGAGGAGGACGAAGAGGAAGACAGCGAAGAGUGUGUGUCGGAGGGCGAGGAGGGGGACCGGGACCACCUGAGCGCCGACUCCAGGACAGGGGAGCAGGUUUUUGGGACUUUUGAGAUCAAGCACCCGGCGCCGCCCCCUGACCCGGCGCUGGAGGAACUGUUUUCGGACGUGGACCCGUCCUACUACGACCUCGACACGGUGCUGACGGGCAUGCAGAGCGCCCCCAAGAUGGGGCCGUACGACCUCCUGGAGAGCCUCUCCUCUCACGGGCCCACGGCCCUCAGCUCCAGCUCGAGCUGCAGGUCAGACCUGAACGAACUGGACCACAUCAUGGAGAUCAUCGUGGGGUCCUGAAACCCACCACAUUCCUCUGGCCCGUACGGAUCCCUCAGACUCUUUCCAGACUAUGCACAGUGCGCAUGUUCUGUACGUGGUGGUGUCCACACGGAGGUCGUUGAAGGCUUUUGGGACGAGGUGGGAAAUUAACAGCGAGCCCGGUAGAUGGGGACCGGCUGCUGGGGGGUUGGCCCGUUAGCCCGUUAGCCCGUUAGCUCGCCUGCUCUCUCGGCCACGUCGGCCACUGCUGGUGGGACCUCCAUCUUUUAUUAAAACCCCCUAAUUGGCAGUAAAAGUAGCAACGGGGAAAUGAAUGCAUUCUUUGGAUGUCCAGAAGCCGCGCGUUAGUUUCCUACUUUGUUGCUGAAAGAUAAUUACCUAUACCAUGAUGCAUUCUUAUUUACGUACUUUCCAUGUUUACGUCUGUCAUACAUUCUGUCAUACUAGCUCUCUGCCAUUCUGUCCAUUUCUAUUUAUUGCAACAUGGACCGAGGAACAACUCACCACACUACACGCAUCAGAACCCAGAACAAAUUGUAAAUCCAAAUCUAUGAAUCAAUGCAUAUUUUCCUAAAGAUUUGAGCAAUUAUGAAUGGAAUAUAUGUAUAUGUACGUAUGUGUAUAUAGAAAUAUAUUUUUUUGCAUUAUACAGCUGGGGGGAUUUUUUGCAAGUAUCGUUUGAUAUUCUUAUUAUUUGUCCCUCCCCGAGCGGGUUUUAAUAUUUUACCGUAGCCGGACUCGAGCCCGUGUCUUCCCGUGGUUUUGGUAUGGCGAGCGGCCGCCGCGUGUCAGGACUGGCAUCGCGCUCGCUCCUCAAAAGCUUUACGUGGCGGUGCGGGGGGGUCGCCGCCGGCCCCCCCGCACCGCCACACAUCCAGAUCUAAUAACAAUAAUCGCAGCUUCCUCGUGAGGCACUUGGAGAAACCCCGGCGUGACGACUGCAUCCAGAAGCCAUAUUUCUUUCUCUCAUUUGUCAACAAGUGAAGAGUUCUGUGUGUCAACACAAUCUAAUUUAUUGUUGUUUUUAUUUAUUGUAUUUAUUAUAUCUAGGUACAGACAUGCCAUAUUGACGUAUCAAAUCAACCACGAGGCCUGAUGAAAUUAUAUUUAUCCAAAUUUUGCCCUCCGUUUUGAAUGCAGUACCUAUUUAUUCCUCACAUUUUGUAUUAUUAUUAUUAUUCUUAGUAAUAAUAAUAAUAUCCGGGUUACUAUUCAAAUCACUAUGCAGCUCCGUCAUACGUGUUUCAAAAUGAUUGUAUGCGACUCAAAUGUCCUUUAAUUCCUUUAUGCAAACAGUUGCCUUUCUCCUAAAGAUGUGGAAAAUCAAAUGCAUUUUUAAAAAAUUGUUCCUUAUCAUCGUGAUGAAGAGAUUUAACUCAGGCAAACAAAAUGUAUUGACAAGAAUACAGUAUUACGACACGCUUAAUACCUUACCACAACACUCCUGAAGGAUGUCACUCUGGUCUGAAUGGGAGCUAGAACUUCAAAGACUAAUUACCGUUGUAAAAUGUAUGCAUUUUUUUAUAUUAAGGAAAAAACAUUGUAGCAUCUUUGUAAAUAUUUUUUAUAAUAAAAGGUGCAACUAUUGAUUA